UCGAGUAUGCAGUGAGCCGGCAGUCGUUUUCCAACAUCAUCCGGGGUGUGACGAUGGAAGUUUCGCGAGUGGAAGAAGUGCCGUGUGUUUAAUUCCAGUGGAUCAUCAGUCAUCAUGUUGCGGGCGGUCGUCUUGGUGACGGCGGCCGCUUUCGUCGCCGGCGCCCAGUACCGCGGUUCAUCGAGGUCCGUCGAGAAGGACAGUCUGAGGCACCACGGCAAGUGCGAGCCCAUCACUAUACCGGUCUGCCAGAACAUCCAAUACAACGAGACGAUAAUGCCUAACUUGAUGAACCAGGCUAAGCAGGAAGAAGCGGCGUACGAAUUGGUCCAGUACUCCCCUUUGAUAAAGAUCAAGUGUAACUUGGACCUUCAGUUUUUCCUGUGUUCCGUGUACGUGCCGGUCUGUACGAUUUUGGAGAAGCCGAUCCCACCGUGCAGAUCGCUCUGUUUGUCGGCGCGACAGGGCUGCGAGCAGGUGAUGAACGUUUUCGGGUUUCCGUGGCCGGAUAAUUUAGAAUGUAGCAAGUUUCCAGAGCCGCCGGAUAUCUGCGUCGGGGACAACAACCGGACGAGCUCAACCAGCGGGAAAGCGAAGCCGACCGGACCCCAGCAGGGCUACCCGAGGCACGAGGAACCCGCCGGCCUGCCCGAAGGGGCCAUGGAUUACGGUUUCAUCUGCCCGUCUCAGUUCAAAGUCCCCAAGGGGAUGGAUUACCAGCUCAAAGUGGGCGACCGCGUCGCCAAAGACUGCGGGGCCCCCUGCGACGGCAUGUUCUUCUCUCCGGAGCAGAGGAAGUUCGCGAGGAUUUGGGUUGGCGUGUGGAGCGUCCUCUGCUCCGCUUCCUGCCUCUUUACCGUCCUCACUUUCACCAUCGACACAGACCGUUUCCGCUACCCGGAAAGGCCGAUUAUCUUCCUCAGCCUUUGUUACAUGAUGGUCGCUUCGGCCUACAUCGUCGGCUUCGGUUCCGGCGAUUCCGUCGCGUGCAGGAAACCGUUCACAUCGCCUGUCGAACUGCCUAAACUCCAGAUGGUCUCGACUAUAACGCAAGGGACCAAGCAUGAACCGUGCACCAUACUCUUCAUGGUCCUUUAUUUCUUCGGCAUGGCUUCUUCCAUCUGGUGGGUCAUUUUGACGCUCACAUGGUUUCUGGCAGCCGGAUUGAAAUGGGGACACGAAGCUAUUGAAGCCAACUCGCAGUAUUUCCACCUCGCAGCCUGGGCCGUUCCUGCAAUCAAAACUAUAACAAUACUCGCCAUGGGAAAAGUAGAAGGCGAUGUGCUGACUGGAGUUUGCUACGUCGGACUUUGGAACGUCGAAACACUGCGAAAGUUCGUCCUUGCUCCGCUGUUCAUUUACCUAGUCCUCGGCACCAUCUUCCUCCUGGCGGGGUUCGUGUCCCUCUUCAGAAUCCGCACCGUUAUGAAGCACGACGGUACCAAGACUGACAAACUCGAGAAGCUUAUGAUCCGCAUCGGUGUCUUUUCCGUUAUGUACACGGUGCCCGCUUUGGUCGUCCUCGCCUGCCUCUUUUACGAACAGGCCUACAUGGAUCACUGGAUGCUCACGUGGAACAUGGAGAAUUGCUCGAUGCCGGGCAAGCACACGCCGUUCUCCAUCCCGUGUCCCGUCGGCGAGCGGGCGAAAGGAGCCGGCAGGAAGCCGGACUUCGAGAUUUUCAUGAUCAAGUACCUAAUGGCGUUGGUGGUAGGCAUCACCUCUUCCUUCUGGAUAUGGUCGGGAAAGACGCUUACCUCCUGGAAAGAGUUCCUCUACAGGAUAAGAGGCCGGCGCGGCGAGGCAUAUGUAUGAUAAACGUGGUGCUUGGGAAACACUUUUCACCGUUUUCCCAAAUCAUUUUUACUUUUAGGGUAACCUUUGUCGGCCGGCGAAUCGCGUCUAAGUUUUUAAUAGAUAGCCUGACGGUCAAACAAAAUAAAUGACGAGUUGUUAUAACAAUUGAAGCCCUUUUAAACAAACAAAAGGGAAGCCAAAAUUUGUACCAACCCGAUUGGCCGACCGUACGUUUACUUUAAUUUGUAGAUAAUCCUUGUUGACUUAUACAACAGAUCAAGAUUUCUGGUUAAAUCUAAAUUUGUCUAUGAUUUUAUUCAUUGUAACUAUCUAUAAUUUCUAAUUGUUCGAAUUUACGACAAAAUGUACAACACUCAAGUGCCUAAGGCGUUACCCUCUUCACACUUAAUGGAUUUUUAUUGUAAUAUUGUCAAUUGUACAGCUAGUUUUAGUUGAAUUUUGUAAAUAUUCCCCCCAAUCCCUGACUGAUUGUACAUAAAGAGGAGUCGGGGGGGAUGCGAU